GAGACCUGCGGUACCUUGGCGGUAGAGGUGGAGAUGGAUGCAGAGGCGAGGGAAGAACCCAGCUUCCUUUUUUAAGAAUCAGUUGUGAGCAAGGGAGCAGAGCUACGUUAUUUUAGGGAGACUUUGUCGCACUCCCCCUCCCCCGGGUAGGUAGCGUCUGGGAUGUGUGCACCCUGUUCGUAGUCUCCCAUGGAGAGACGCUGGCUGCUGCAGCCGGCAGUAACCCGACCCCGCCGGCGCAGGGACUGAAGAGGCGCCGGGGAGAGCAGCGAGAGGCGAACAAAAGCCCUCGGCAAGGGGGCCGGAGCCCGGACCUGGGGGACUCCAACAAAGAACGAGGUUCAGCUAUGGUGGACCCGGUGCCAGAAGAGGAGAAAGAGGGAGCGGAGCCCGGUGGCUCUGAAGGGGAUGAGGCCACAGCGUCCGAGCCCCCCGAUGCCCAGGGAGCCCAGCAGCCGUCUGCCUCCUCGGCCUCCGCCUCCGCGGCGGCGCCCCGAAAGGCUGAAGUCCCCUGCGGGGCAGAAGGUGGACGUCGGGAGCAGUCUCCGUUGCUGCACCUCGAUCUCUUCAAUUUCGCCUGCCCCGAGGCAGAGGGCAGCCGCUACGUCCUGACCAGCCCCCGCUCUCUGGAGGCCUGCGCCCGCUGCGCGGUCAAGCCCGUGGAGCUGCUGCCUCGAGCCCUGGCCGACCUGGUGCGUGAGGCCCCGGGCCGCUCCAUGCGCGUGGCCACCGGCCUGUACGAGGCCUACGAGGCGGAACGCCUGGCCAAACUGCAGCAGUGCCGCGCCGAGCGCGAGCGCAUCAUGCGCGAGGAGAAGCGGCGCCUGUUCACACCGAAGGGUCCGGCGGCAGCCCCGGCCUCGGCCUCAGCCUCGGCCUCGGCGCUGAGCGGGGGCAGCAGCAGCAGCUGCAGCAGCAGCAGCAGCCUCCCGGCCUCGCCCGCCUCGCGAGUUGCUCGAAGGACUUCUCCCAGUCCCCCCGCCAGGAGCCGGCCUCCGCCCGCCGGUUCUCGGACAGGUAGGAAGAGCCACUCGCUGGACUCGCUCUCCCGCCGGAGGGACGGUGCCCUGAGCUCCGAGUCCGGGGCCUCGUCGUCGUCCUACAGCGGGGAGAGCCUUCGGGAGCUUCGCUGGCCACCUCGAGCUUCCGCCAGGAACAGCUGCCCCGCGGGCUCGGCGUCGUCUGCACCCAACCCACUGGGCCGCCCUUCGGCCCUUGCUCUGGUUCCGCUCACGGCCCGCAGCUUCAGCCUCGGAGACCUGAGCCACUCGCCGCAGACCGCCCAGCAUGUGGAGCGCAUCGUCCGCCAAGUGCGCGCCGAGCGAGGCCUGCGCGGGGUACCCGAGCGCGACCGCAAGAUCGCCGCCCUCAUGCUGGCCCGGCACCAGGAAGAGCGCCUGUUGCUGGAGCAGCGCGCCGCGGCCCACGGCCAGUGGGAGCAGCAGCGCGUGCGCGCCGAACAGCGGCGGGAGCGCGAGGAGCGCGAGAAGCAGCGCGCGCUGGAGCGGGGCCGGCGGGCCUGGGCGGCGCAGGUGGAGGAGCGGCGCGGUCGCCGGGGCCGGGAGGAGCGCGAGGCCGCGCGGAGGCGGCAGCAGCAGUGCGAGCGCAGCGAGGAGCGGCGGCGGGAGCUGGCGGAGCGUCAGGGUCUGCUGCGGCGGGAGCGGGUGGAACGCGCCGCGCGGGACGACCGGCUGCGCAAGCUGCAGCAGGAGCAGAACCUGAAGCAGAGGGAGGAAGGCCGGCAAGAGGGGCGGGAGCGCGCGGAGCUGGUCCGCCGGGAGCGCGCCCAGCGGGCGGCGCGCGCCCGAGAGCGGCAAGAGGGCCAACUGCAGCGCGAGAAGCGCGAGCUGAGCCGGGCCGAGCGGGCGCGCCACGAGGCGCUGCUUCGAGGCCGAGUCCGGCAGCAGCAGGAGGAGCGGGAGGGCCUGCGGAGCUCCCUGGAGGCCAGCUUGGGCCGCGCGCAAGAGAACUACGAGCAGCUGCAGGAGCAGCGCGCCCGGGAGCUGCGGGAGCGCGCGCGGAGAGAGGAGCUCCAGGGUCGGCGGGCGAAGGAAGCGGCCGAGCGCAAAGAGCGGGAGCAUCAGGCGCACUUGGAGGCGCUGGCGCGGGCAGGAGAACGACGGCUGCAGCACGCGGCGCAGGUGGCCGAAGAGGCCGUGCAGCAGAAGGCCCGGCGCGUGGUUCAGACCCGCCUGGAAAAGGAGAGGGCCCAGCGUGCCAACAAGGAGAAGGUAGAGAGAGACGAAGACUGCCGCCGCCGCGAGCUGCUGCAGGCCAUUGGGCGCAAGCUGGAGCGCAGUGAGCAGCUCUCUCGAGAACGGCGAAGCGCGCUGGAGAGCGCUCGCUCCACGGCCCGGGCCUCCUUCCAUGUGCGGGAGAAGGUGCGGGAGGAGACCAACACGCGCUCUUUUGACCGCAUGGUGCGAGAGGCCCAGCUACAUGCCAGCCUGGACCGUAAAUGACAGCCGCCUUGGACAGACCGUGCUGCUGGAUAUGGCCAGGUGUGGCCUCUCUUAGUCACUUUGACCAAACGCCAGGCUUCUCCAGUACAGCUGCCACACCAUGAACUCUCCAGACUAAUGUACCAUUAAUGAGGCACUGAGAAGGCAGACAUGGUAUUUUUCCAUCUGUCACCAUUGUUUUACAGACUUACUCCAUUUGGAAACGACAUGGCACAAUCUACCCACAUCCACUGGUGUCUUUGGGUUGGAAUAGAAAGUAGCUGGGAGGAGGAAGGUCCCUGUAGGAGAGAGCACAGAGGCCAACGUGGGGCUCUCUGCCACAGCUGCCUUGGGCAUCUUUCUAACAUUUGUGUUAAAGACGAUUUAAGUAGCAGCAGCGGAGGGAAUAUCUCCCAGACUUACCUCUAUCUUUGAAAAUACAAGUUGCACAGGACUUGAAAGUUUCCCAAGAAAGCACAGCUCUUCUAAGAUGUUAGUUCAUGCACAAGCGACUACAAAAGAUAUCGCUAGACUGUGAAUUGGACACGUGAACCAAUUAUCCUGUUCCCAAAAUAUUCUCAGUUGAGUCCCUUGGCUUUCUAGUUAGACAAUCAUCUACAGAUAAUAACCCCUUAUUCUCCCAAGUGGUGUAGGGAAAGGGUUGGAUCGGUGAUGCUGCUUAGCUUUAAUGGAAGCCCUCCAUCCUCCAGAUCCCUGGAGGUGAUGGUUUCCUUAGGCAGCAGUGUUCCACCCCAUGAGGCUUCCAUGGAAGGUGAUGUACGUAAGUGGAGGCAGUGUCUGAUGCCCACUUCCCUGUGUGGGGCCAGCUCCUGCAGACAGAAGCCAUUGCCUUAUGAAGCAGAGCUACCUUCUGUGCCUGCCCAGGCCACUCUUGCCUAAAGCUCCAGCCUUGAAUGCAGUCUGGAGGGUGAGCCCUGGAGUGUGUAGGAUUCGCUCUGUGACUUAGUUCAGUGUUCUGAAGACAAUUUAGGAUCCUUGGCUGCUUGCCUGUGGUGGCUGAAGGGCUAGAAUUGCCUGUGUGGAGCUGUGCUAUUGUUGGUAGGGGUAUCACUCUUCCUUGGGGGCACUGGGAAAAGGAGUCUUCCCUCUUUAAAUUCCUGGUACCCUCUCACUUAUACCUGAAGUAUUCAAUCAGUCUCUUGGUGCCUCACCUUUCCCAUCUUCUAGAUGGGGCCAUCAGAACUCUUCUGGUACCUCAAGGUCUCUUGGAUCCAAAGCAUCACUUCAGUGUUAUUUGUUGGUCUCCUUUGUGCCUUUCUUGACCUGGAGUUGGGAGGCAGGAGGACUGCUGUUAGCCUCGUUUGUUUCUGGUGACAUGGAUUGCUGGCAUUAGACAGGGCAGUGCAUCACAGACAGAUGGUCAUUUAGCAUCCAAGGUGUGUGUGGGGCGGGGAGGGGUACUUGGUUCUUGCAGUACCAAGCUGCUCCCUGGUCAGAAGGUUCAGUUAUCACUCAGCAAUUUUAACUGGUAGAGCACUCUUUCCCCCACUCAGAUCCACCCAUCAGCUAUGUCUUCACCAGGGAAGGUGGAAAGUCAACCGUCUCCUUUUACAUUACAUCAAGGUCAGGAAGUUAAAAACAAAACAAAACAAAACAAAAACAAAACAAAAAAAAACUUACCAAAAAGAAAGGAAUCAGGGUAGAGACGUACUGCAUUAGAUGUGUUAUUGUGUCUUUUCUGCUGGUGGAACCAUCCCUAAAGUGACUGGCUGUUGCCCACACCCCUCUUUGACCCUAUCCCAUCACACAAUAAGGGGAGUCUUGUGUAGAAGAAAGCUGUGUUUAGGUGUCAUGUGUGAGAUGAUGUGGUACCAGGAAAGGAGCUACGUACCGAGGCUUGUUUCUUGAGUGGGUGGGCUCUCCCUUAAUUUCCUUGUCAGUGAGCUGUGAUAACUGGUGUUGUCUCUGAGACAGGAGCAUUUAACUAAAAAAAAAUUAAUGUGAUUAUGGUUCUUUGAUCUUGUGGUCCCUGGGUUGCUUCUGAAACCUCCAUGGAAAGUUCUCCCCUUGAAAGACCUUACUUCAAAGCAUGAGCAUUUGCUUGAGGAGGCAAUCGGGCGUUCUGAACCAAGCACUGGGAAGCAGGCGGGCGGGCGGUCUCACCCGGCCUCUUACCCAGGCUGCUCCCCACCUUCCUGAGCGACUUCAGGUUGGUCACCUUUCUUAGUCCCCACCGACGUAGAACUGAGAUCAUGGUUCCUGAGCUCUAGUUUGUGCAAAGUGAGAAUGACGGUGACAUUUCCUGUUUCUGUCACCCUGGAACUGCAGGUGCAGUUGCCGUACACGGAGCUACAUGGCUCCUACGACGUACUGUACAGUGUAAUGUACCAUGGGGAUUUGGUGCAGAAGGAAGAGUUUUGAGAAGCUCAUUCAGAUCCAGAGUCACAUGUGACGGAAAGGCCCAGGCCUGAAUGUUGACAAAUUAGACACUGAGAGAACCACUAUGUAAAGAUUCAAACAGUUUCUAGAUUUUUACCAAAAAGUCCAUAUAGCCAAGUAUUAUUAAAACAAAAACAGAAUUCAGACCUAGUGACAGUAAGAAAUGGUACCUUCAAGUUCCAGACCAUCUACUAGGAUACUCUACUGAAGUUGGACACGGUGGCUCACAUCUCUAGACCUAACCCUGAGGAUGCUGAAGUAGAUGGAUAAUUAUAUUGAGUCAGCCCGUACCAGAUAGAAAGACACUGUCAAAACAAAACAAACAAACAAACAAACAAACAAAAAUGCAAGGAGAAUCACCUGUAUAUUUAAAGAAAUGUUCGUGUUUCUUUCUAAAGAUAAUGAAUGCCUAAAGUCUCUUUCGGGCCCUUAAUUUAAAUUUCCACAGAGGAGAAGUUUUAUUUUACUGUGACAUGCAGCAAGAGGACAUUGGGCCAGAGCAGAGAUGAUGGAUGGAGAAUUGCCUCCAAACAGCAUUCUAGCAGGUGUCCAGGACUGAGCAUGCUGGGAAUUUCUUGCCAUCUAGGAGACCCCAACCUCAAAAUGGCCACAGCUUCACUCUUUUGGAACAUUUGCUACUUCAAGAAAGAGAGAGUGUAAAAUAAUAUGAGAGGAUGGGAAGGGUUGGGAAAGCUUUAAUUCAGUUGAAUUCCAAGAAAACAAGCCAAAACCAUUCCAGAAGAAAUUAUUGAUGAAGCUAGUCCAACAUCCUGCUGUGGCAGGGACCAGAGUCUACACCCAUCUGGACAGAUAAUGGAAAUUUCCUUUUGGAAGCACGAAGGCUGGGUUUUGAUGGAACUGUAACAAGGAUUUGCCAAGGGCAAAAGGUCUGCAGGGUAGUGAAGACAGGAAUGUCUUGGUCUACUUUAUGUUGCUCUAACAUAAUACCCAAGGCUAAGUUAAAAAUAAAAGAGAUUUGUUGCUGACAA